UCCAAGGUCCACUGGAGCGGGGUGGGCUGCCGCGCCCUGGGGCUUCGGGUUGGAGCAAGCCAACUCUCUCGGAGCGCAGGGACCGCUGGGGGCCAGCUGGGGCCAGGACCGCAGCGACGGCCUCAGCCCGGGACAGUGCGCGCGGGCGCGGGUGGCACGCGCGGGGGUCCCACUCCCCCGCCUCCCCGCCGAGUUCCCGGAUGGUCUGCGCCAGCAGCGCGGGAGGCUUGAAGUGCCCGGCGAGGCGCGCACCGCUCCGGUCGCUGCUCGUUCGCGCGGGGCCAUGGACGCUCAACUGGCGGAGGUCCGCGCCUUGGAGGCUGAGAUCGCUGCCCUGCGGCGGGCGUGCGAGGAACCGCGGGGGCGGGGGGAAGACAGUUGGCGAGCGCAAAAAUCACUUCGAGAAAUGUAUCAGUCAGAUUCUGAAGGAUGGGCCUCCUCAAAAGAUCUGAGAAGUCAUCUUGGACAUUUAGAAUCAGAACUUCGUUUUCUAAGUACACUUACUGGCAUCAGUAUAAGAAAUUACUCCAUGAAGACAGAGGACCUUACAAACACUGAGAAGAAAGAAAAGAGUAUAAUGAAAGUUCUACAGAGACACAGAUUAUCAGGAAAUUGCCGCAUGAUUACAUUUCAACUUGAAUUUCAGAUUCUGGAAAUCCAGAAUAAGGAGAGUUUAUCUUCUGUUAUUACUGACCUCAACAUAAUAAUGGAGCCCACUGAAUAUUCAGAAUUAAGUGAAUUUGUGUCUAGAGCAGAAGAAAGAAGAGAUCUGUUGAUGUUUUUCCGAAGCCUACACUUUUUUGUGGAGUGGUGUGAAUAUCGAAAGCGCACAUUUGAACACUUCAAGGAGAGAAGUGGCCCUGCCAGGCGUGGGGUCACCUCCCUUCAGCCGGUUGUCUGCAGGGACUGGGAAGCGGAGACCAAGAGACUGCACUCCAGAGACCGGAGCCAGGAUCAGUGCACAAAGGAGAAGUACCCAGCAGCCGUGCACCUCCCGGAGGGGGCCGCUUCCAGCUGCAUGGCGGUCCAGAGCACCUGCCAGCCAGGGUUCGAGCUGGUCAUUGUCUGGAGGGUGCAGAUAGAUGAAGAAGGGAAGGUUUUGCCGAAGCUGGACCUUCUACCCAAAGCGCCACAGCAAGCCCUGAAGCUGGACCGGAACCGAGUCCUGGAGACCGCGCCUCUCAGCUUCCGAGCCCUGCUGGGCACACUGGGCAUUGAAGCCGCCCUCGAGAGCCUGAUAAAGUCGCUCUGCACAGCGGGCUACGACUAGUUCCAGGCAAACACGCAGGUGUGUGAUCUUCUUCCACAUCAACAGUUUCUGUGUUCCACAGAGAAACAACACCUUUAGGACACGUCUGUGCAGUUUCAGCACAUCCUAUAUAAACUGUCGGGACAUGGAAAAAUAAACAGCUAUUGGAAUACAAAAUGUCCGACGAGCAGCACAUACAGUGCUUAGGAGGGCCUGGCGGGCUUGGUUGGGGGAGUGUGCAACUCUUGAUCUCAGGGUCAUGAGUUUGAGCCCAACAACACUGGGGGCAUGGAUUACUUAAAAAAAAAAAAAACUUUCUCAGAAGUUAAGGUUAUUUUUCUUUUAAUAAUAGGAGUGAGUGUCCAUCCUUGGAUUGGGGGGAGCGGCUGGUCCUACCUCUCACCAAGUCUGAGGGUGGAGGCGUCCUGUGUCCUAGAGAUUGGCCCUCCCCUUGCCACCCGAGGGCCCCACUCCUUAACAUUCCUGACCGGGGUGACGCACCGCCCACCUUGCCACCCUGCCCUGUAGAGCAGAACUCACUCUUCUUGGCCUUCACAUGAAAGUGGAGCAGUCAGCUUAAAAAAUGCAGUAAUAUAGACUUGACCCCCACCCCCCACCCCUUGGGCAGCACUGGUCUCAGCUGCCUCAUUUAAAAGGUUAGAAUCGGUAGAAACAUUGCUUGAAACCACAGUCUGGGAAGGGGCCACACUGGAGGGUGAGGCGGAGGCCACACGGGGCAGGACCACGUCGGUCCGCAUGCGUUCCCCCCCCCCCCCUGC